CCCCUUCAACAAUCUAACAAAUCCAUCCCCCAUCAGUUCUCCUAUUACCGAGGAGCUGCCUACACAUACUCUCUCUAUAAAACACAACACAAACACAGAAAUCGAUGGCGAUCAGAGAGUUAGAACCAUUGAUUGUAGGAAAAGUUAUCGGAGAUGUGCUGGAUCAUUUCAUUCCUUCGAUAAAAAUGUCCAUCACUUACAGCACCAAACUAGUCUGCAAUGGUCAUGAGCUCUUUCCUUCGGCAGUUAGUGCUAAACCUAGGGUUGAGGUUCAUGGUGGUGAUCUCAGGACUUUCUUCACCCUGGUCCUGACAGACCCGGAUGUUCCAGGACCUAGUGAUCCUUACCUGAGGGAACACCUCCACUGGAUAGUGACAGACAUUCCAGGCACCACUGAUGCAACAUUUGGAACGGAGAUUGUGAGCUAUGAGAUCCCAAGGCCAAACAUAGGGAUACACAGGUUUGUGUACAUUUUGUACAAGCAGAGUGGGAGGCAGACAGUGAAUCAUCUCCCAUGUUCAAGAGAUAAUUUCAAUGCUCGACGCUUUGCAGCUAAUAACAAUCUUGGCUUACCCGUGGCUGCUGUUUUCUUCAAUGCUCAGAGAGAAACUGCCGCCAGAAGACGUUAAUUAAUUACUUAAUUAUUGUCUAAUUAAUAUUGCCAGGACAAUCAACCUAAAAACCCUAGCUACAUGCACAGGCGGCAGAAUAAUUAGCAGGCUCGGAAACUGCGUGCUUUAAUUAAUUACUGUACUAAUCUUUUUGGACUUUUGAUUGACCACUGUUUUAUUCUACUCUUGGCUAGGGUUGUGCUAGCUCAGGUGUAGUACGGACUACUACUACAGACUGAUGAGUAGUACAGAGCCAGCUUAAAAGAAUAAAAAGAGAAACUCUCCCAUUGGUUCUUGUGUGACGGAUUUGAUUGGUUGGUAAUUUUGUAGUGUCUCAUAAAUUGCCGGAAUAUCAAUAAUUUCUUUUUGUACUUUAUUUGUGUGUUUGAAUCAAACUAUUUUAUUGUAAUUAUAUUGUAGUGUUAAGAUAAAAACUUUGCCAUGAUUAUUUUUCUUUUUAA